AUGUUUGAUCUGAAUGAAAUCCCAAAACGUGUGCCACCAAAUAGUCCUUUGGCUCCACAAUGGUACAAACUAGAAGACAGGAGAGGUGAGAAAGCCAAGGGAGAGUUAAUGUUGGCAGUUUGGAUGGGAACUCAAGCAGACGAGGCAUUUCCUGAUGCAUGGCAUUCUGAUGCAGCAAAUGUUGGUCCUGAGGCUGUUGCAAACAUAAGAUCAAAGGUUUACCUUUCACCUAAGCUUUGGUAUGUCAGGGUCAAUGUUAUUCAGGCUCAGGACUUGAUACCAAGUGACAAAACCCGGUAUCCUGAAGUUUUUAAGAAGGCCAAUCUGGGAAAUCAAUUUUCAAGAAUUAGAGCAUCUCAGAGUAAAACCAUAAAUCCCAUGUGGAAUGAGGACUUGAUAUUUGUUGUUGCUGAGCCAUUUGAGGAGCCUUUGGUUCUGACUGCAAAAGAUAGGGUUGGUCCAAACAAAGAUUAAAUCCUGGGAAGGUGUGUCAUUCCUUUACACAAUGUGUAGAGGAGGUUUGACCAUAAGCCUGUGAACACAAGGUGGUUUAACCUUGAAAAACAUGUGGUUGUUGAAGGGGAAAAGAAGAAAGAGACCAAGUUCUCAAGUAGGAUACACUUGAGGGUUUGCUUGGAAGGUGGCUACCAUGUGUUCGAUGAAUCAACUCACUACAGUAAUGAUCUUAGGCCAACAGCAAAGCAGCUAUGGAAGGCCCACAUUGGAAUUCUAGAACUGGGGAUUAUAAGUGCACAAGGGCUGAUGCCAAUGAAGACUAGAGAUGGUAGAGGAACCACAAAUGCAUAUUGUGUAGCUAAAUAUGGGCAGAAGUGGAUCCGUACUAGGAAAAUUGUGGAUAGUCUUGCUCUAAGGUGGAAUGAGCAAUACAUUUGGGAGGUUUUUGAUCCAUGUACUGUUAUCACAGUAGGGGUCCAUGAUAAUGUUCAUUUACAUGUUGGAGAGAAAUUAGGGGCAUCAAAGGAUUCAAGAAUAGGGAAGGUGAGAAUUAGGCUGUCCACUCUUGAAGCUGAUAGGGUGUACACACACUCUUAUCCUCUUUUAGUACUGCAUAAUUCUGGUGUGAAGAAAAUGGGAGAGGUGCAGUUAGCUAUAAGGUUCACAAGCUUAUCCGUGAUAGACAUGUUGUCUAUGUAUACACAACAUUUGUUGCCAAAGAUGCACUACAUCCAUCCUCUGUCUGUGAUUCAACUAGACGGUCUUAGGCAUCAGGUUAUCCAGAUUGUGUCAAUGAGGUUGAGCAGGGCAGAGCCACCACUAAGGAAAGAGGUGGUGGAAUACAUGCUAGAUGUGAAUUUAGGAGCUACUUGUUUGGCAACCCUGGGAGAAAUUAAAGGAGAUUGGAGGCAGUUUAGCGUAAGGCCCAUAGCUUUCUUUAGCAAGGUUUUAGCGGAAUCCUCCCUUGCUAAAACCAUUUAUGAAAUGUUGGAAAUUAAUAUAAUCCAGGAAGAAGGGAAGAUAGUGGAGGAUGAUUUGCCACCACCCAAGCCUCCAAAUUUGAAUUGGAGGGCGCACGCCACCUGGGAAGAGGAGCCUUGCAUCAAAUAACAGUUCCCUGACUUCAACCUUGAGGACAUGGUUGAUUUUGAGGGGUAGGUAAUGUUAGGAAUAAAAGAAGUUAGUUGUUAGUAGAGAGAGAGUAUAAAUAAUAACAGAAUAGGUGGAGAGAGGAUUAUCAGAUAUUUUUCCUUGUGGGGUUAUAGACUGGACAUUUUCCAGUGGAGGAAGGGAGGCUUCCUUGGGACGUACACUUGUAUUUCUCUUUAUAUACAUUACAGAUUGAAUAAUAUAUAUACACAUACUUUCAUCUUC